AUGUGUGUUUCAGGGCAGGGAUCGUUUGGCUGUGUUUACAAAAGUACGUUUGACGGAAAGCCGGUGGCCAUAAAGCUGCUUCAUGACCGCUGGAGGGACAAGUAUCAAGUGCAACACAUCUUCGCGGAGCUAAACGCUUACAAGCUAGACCAUCCGAAUAUUGUCAAGAUACUGGCCAUCUUCAACGCAGCUGAAAAUACGGAAAUUGUUUACGAGUAUGUCGGAAGAAGGAACCUGCAGACGUUACUGUUGGACCCAGACGAGAUAGUGAACCCGAGCCGAAGACGGUUGUUUUGUGUGCAGAUAGCCGAAGGGAUGCGCUAUUGUCACAGUCGUCACAUUUUGCAUCUUGAUCUGAAGACGUCGAACGUUCUGGUAACGGACACCGGCGACGUCUGCAAGCUGGCAGAUUUCGGAUGCAGUCGGACUAUCCUCGACAGGUCAGGCGAUACAGACCUGAAGGAAGCGAGCCCGACCGAUUCGACGGCCGUCGGAACUUUGAUCUAUAAGGCACCGGAACUUUUGCAAGGUUUCACGCCGACUACGAAGGCGGAUGUUUACUCGUUCGGCUAUAUCAUAUGGGAGUGUGUGUGCCGGUCGAUCCCGUUCAGCAACAUGGACUGCCACACGGUGGUGUUUCAGGUUGUGGCCAAGCACCUGCGCCCCUCGUUUCCUCCUACAGCCGUCGAUGGCGACCGACAACUGUUCAGACUGGCCAAUCAGUGCUGGAGUCACGAGCCGAAGAAAAGGCCGCACUUUCACGAUGUUUGUUUUAUGCUUUCUAAACUCUGA